CUUCGCAUCGUUCUGGGACUUGUAGUCCCUUUAGGGACCACGUUCGGUACAUCUGCAUUACUUCCGGUUUCCUUAAAGAACUACAACCGGCUCGGCGGUGCUCUGAGCGAAACAGCGGAGGUUUUCCGGUUGGGAACCAAAAUGCUGGCCGUCCUGCCGGCGCUGCUGCUGCUGCUGCUGCUCGGCUCCAGGUCGGCCUGUGGCGUCUUCCAGAAGCUUUACUGCAGCUUCUCAGACAGCUGCGAGUGCGACUUCAAGCCCGGCAUCAGAGACUUGGAGUGGGACCUGUACAAGAAUGUCUUCGGUCAGCACCUGGCCCAGAACCUGGUCGCAGAAGAAGUUUCCAGGUUUCUCCUCAAUAAGAGCCCGGAUCGGCCCCUGGUUCUGUCCUUCCACGGCUCCUCUGGGACCGGGAAGACGCUGGUCAGCACCAUGCUGGGGAACCACCUGUACGGCUCGGCCAUGAGCAGCCCCUUCGUCCACCAGUUCGUCCCCACGCUCCACUUCCCUUCAGCCGAGCGCGUCCCUCAGUACCAGGAGGAGCUGAAGAGCUGGGUGAAGGGAAACCUGACGGCCUGCGCGCGCUCCGUCUUCAUUUUCGAUGAGAUGGAGAAGAUGCCUGCAGGCCUGAUCGACGUCCUGGAGCCGUUCCUGGGUCCGUCCCACGUUGUGUUUCGCACCAACUACAGGAAGGCCAUCUACGUCUUCAUAAGCACCGCGGGACAGGAGGCGAUACACCGGCUGGUUCUGGAGAACCGGCUGGCUGGACGGGACAGAGACGAGAUCAAACCGUCUGACCUGCAGGACGUCGUCCAGCAAUCGGUUUACAGCAACAAAACCAGUGGGCUCUACCUGUCCAGCAUCGUCCAGCAGAAUCUCAUCACUCGCUUCGUCCCCUUCCUGCCGCUGACCCGGACCCACGUGGAGCGCUGCGUCCGCGCCCAGCUCUGCCAGCGCGGCAGCUGUAACCGUGACGACGUGGUGGAGGCGGUGGGCGGAGACAUGACCUAUGACCCCGCAGAGGGACACUACUUCUCCACCACAGGAUGCAAGGCGGUCGCUGCGAAGAUCAGCUUCUUCCUGUGAGCCCCAGCAGGACGGUUCUGGUUCCACUGGGAGGAAAACUCCUCCGAUCCGCUGUCAGGACGCAGGAUUUGAACCGACAACCCGAUGCUCAUGGGUAACCGGAGGGAAAAGCUCAGGAGGAAACAAACCGCAGCAGCAGUUUGGUGGCUGCUGCCUCUUCUGGGUCUGAACCAGGAAUCCUUUCUACCACGGCGAUGUGGGCGGAAAAAAACCUAAAACUGCCAAAAAACUGAAGUUUACAGAUUAAUCUAAGAAAUUUCUGAGCUCCAAAAGUCAAACAUUUACUUGAAAAAAAUCUGAAACGUUGAGAUCUCAGAUUAUUUAUAAGAAACUUGGACAUUUCUGAGUUUCAAAGGUCAAAUUUUUUUACUUUUGGAGCUCAGAAUCUUCCAUUUUGUUUCUGGAAAAUCUUUAAAAUUAAUGUCCAAACGUCUGAAUUUUUUGGCAGAAACUUACUCCUCCUUGCCAUCGUUCUUCCACUGUGGACCAAACUUCAGACGACUUUUAAAACCUACAGCUUUUAAAAGAGCUGCAGCUGCUUCAGGUCAUCAACUAAAACCGUCCGUCAGUUUUCAGACGCCUCAGAGUUCAGUGAAGAUUUUUCAUUUCUUUGCAGAAGAACAAAGACUCUGUGACUUUAUUUUAUAAGUUAUUAUUUAACGGAAAGGGAUCACAUAUUUUAAUGAAACUGUUUUCAUUUCAAGAUGUUUAAACCAUAAAACGGUUUUUCAGCUCAGAUUUUCACUGAUGUGAAGUGAAAUAUUGUUUUAAGAUGGAAGGAAACUAAUGAGCUGAAUGUGUCCGGAUGAAGAAAAGCCAAAGCUGAUGAAAUGAGACGGAGUAUUAGGGACGUCUUACAUAAAAUAUUAAUAAUUAUUACCCAUGAAGGAGUAUAUUCCACCAACAAACAAUUUUAGAUUAAUUUCUCAUAAAUCAUAAAAUCUUGGAAAUUGUCUCGUCACAACGUAAAAAGUUUGUAAAAAAUAAUUUUCCAUUGUUAAAAUCAUACAUUUACAAUGUAAAAAUGAAGAUAUCGUCCGAGUUUAUAAAAUCAGACAUUUUUGACAAGAAGUGACAAAGGUUUUGAUUGAAAAGAUUUUUUGAUCAUUUUAUGAUUUUUUUUCUUUUAUAGAUUUCUAAUUUCCAAAGUCAGAAAAUAUCCAACUUGUGUUACUUUAAAUUUAUGUCUUUAAUCGUGGAAAAUGGACCAUUUCUUAGUUAAGAUUUAUGAAUUUUUGACAUCAGAGAGUUACCGUGUUUUUAUGAUAAUGGGAAGUUUUAUUAUUUUGUAGUUUUUUCUUUUGUUCAACGGCUCUAAUAUUCUGUCACAGAAUAAAGGGACAAAACUAACUAAAUAAAUGAACCAUUAAUUAAAUGUACCAUGAAAUGAAUGUAAUUUAAUAUUUAAAUAAUUUUAGAAACAAUUUAAAUGUAGUUAAAUCAUUAAAAAUGUAAACUUAUAAUAAUUAUUUCAUGGUGAUGCUGCAGGAACAGAACCAUGAAGUAAAUAAAUACAUUUUAAAAAUGUGUAUCAGCUAUCAUAAGUUUGCAUUUUAAUUAUUUAAUUUAAUAUUUAAUUGUCUACAACAAACACUAUGAUCUAUUUAUUUAAUUUUGUCCCUUUUGGCCUUCCAUAGCAUAAUCAAGUAGGAUUCAAACGUUUAGAGCUCAUCUCUACUUCUGCCAGCAGGGGGCAGCAGAGACUUUUUUGUGCCAAAAGUGGAAGAUGAGGUGAGGAAGAGUUUAGUUGUUAGUUUUAUUUGUUUAUAUGUUUGUCUGUUCUGAUCAGUAGAGAGGGUGUGUGUGUGUGUGUGUGUG